AUGGUGGCAUCACUGGAGCCGAUGGUGCCAGUCUUGGCCCCCACUUCAUGCCGUGAACAGUGGCGCCUCUGGCUCUCAGAGGCCCGUGCUCAGCUGGGAUUGAUGCUGCCCUUGGCCACAGGUCAAAUCAUCAACUAUGCCCUGACAUUUGUGACACUGCACAUUGUCGCAGGAAGUGGCACCAGCGCCGUGGCAUCUGUGGGCUUAGCAUUGGCCCUCUACACCUGCCUUGGUCGGAAUCUUAUCAUGGGCCUUUGCGGUGCUGUGGAUACCAUUUCCUCGCAGGCCGCAGGUGCUGGACGCAAGGAUCUCCUGGGCCCAAUCUUCCGCCGCUCCAGCUGUUUCCUGCUGUUGCACCUUAUUCCUUUCAGCCUACUUUGCAUUUCCUGCCUCUUCUGGUUGCCAUUGGUCACAGAUCCUGCUGUUGGCCGCGCCACAUCAAAGUUCUUGCUGCUACUCAUCCCUGACCUGGCAACGCAGUGCAUCUGGCGUCCAAUGAACCGAGUGCUGGCAUCCCAGCAAAUCACAUGCCCGUUCAUGAUAGUGUCCUUUCUGGUGCUUCUUUGCCAUUAUGGCUUCUCGGUAAGCUUGGUGCCUCGCUUUGGCCCGCUGGGGGCGGCAGUGGCCACUUCCUGCAGUGGUUGCAUGACCUUGGUCUUUGGAGCGCUCGCUGUUUGGUGCGUAGGCGCAGGUCCUACCAUUUGGGGUGGCCACUGCACACCAGCUGCAAUGAAACAGGCUGGAGCCGGCUGGGGAUCGCUAGCGUCACUGGCGUAUCCGUCAGCGGCAAUGAGGAUGCUGGAGUCGUCGGGCUUUUCUGGAAUUGUUACGUCAAGCGCAUUGCUGCCAUCGCCCAAGAUAGAGGUGGAUGUCAUGAGUUUGUCCUUGAACGUCUACGGCUGCUUCUUCACUCUCUUUCCUGCCAUCUCGGUAUGCGCUGAUACGCGUGUAGGCAACGCCAUUGGCAAAGGUAUGCCCGUUGAGGCGAAACGAGCCAUGCGCGUGGCUGCCAUGCUGACGUUCCCUUUCACCAUCGCAGUCUCCAUGGUCUUUGCGAUCCCACAAUGCCGAAUGCUGCUUGACCAGAUGGUGCACGUCGACGCGCUGGAUCCCCGAGUGGCCCAGGGCCUGAACACGGCGUACUUGAUCUUCGUCUGCGGGUUCUACUGCAUCGAUGGCCUCCAAACAGCUCUUUCCGGUGCCAUUCGCGGCACAGGCCAACAGAAGACAGGUGCUCGAAUCUGCGUGCUGGCGUACUGGCUUCUGGGAAUCCCGGCAGCUCUGACCCUGGGCUUUGCCUGCGGCUUGAAGAGCACUGGCCUUUGGCUUGGGAUGCUGGUCGGACCGAUGGUGCAGCUGAUCUUGUACACAAGGCUCUUGCAGACGAUGAACUGGGAUGAAGUCGCCGGCGGUUGCGAGCAACGCUUACGCCGAGAUGAGGAAAUUGAGGGAGAUUGA